GUAGCGUGCACGCGCCGCGAGGGUUGAACCUGACCGAGAGCCGCUUCAGUGAAGAAACCAGAAGAAGACGAAGGGGAGCGCACGUCUACAUUUAUGUUUUAUUCCGUCGGAGCGAACCCUUUUUAAAAUGGCGUACCACAGUCCGUACAGAGGGGCCCCGCAGAACAACGCGACCCCGGACCAGAGUUUUCUGUGGAACAUCUUCCAAAGGGUUGACAAGGACCGGAGUGGGGUGAUAUCCGACACAGAGCUUCAGCAGGCCUUAUCGAAUGGCACAUGGACUCCUUUCAACCCGGUGACGGUGCGCUCCGUCAUAUCCAUGUUUGACAGGGAAAACAAAGGCGGGGUGAACUUCAGCGAGUUCGGCGGCGUGUGGAAGUACGUCACAGACUGGCAGAACAUCUUCAGGAACUACGACAGGGACAACUCCGGCUUCAUCGACAAGAACGAGCUCAAACAGGCGCUGACUGGAUUCGGUACGCAGCAAAGCUAUCGUCUAUCGGAUCAGUUCUACAACACGCUGAUAGAGAAGUUCGACCGCCAGAGGAAGGGACAGGUGGCCUUCGAUGACUUUGUCCAGUGCUGCAUUGUACUACAGAGGUUGACCGACGUGUUCAGGCGUUACGAUACAGACCAGGACGGCUGGAUCCAGGUUUCAUAUGAACAAUAUCUAUCCAUGGUCUUCAAUAUAGUAUAACGCACACAGAGCAUCACAAAAGAGCACAACUGGACACAACUGUGCCAAAGCUACCGACACCUCCCAGAUGUCCGCCUUGGUGGACACUACAAGAUUAUUUUUUUUUUUCUUAACCUAAUUUGGGCUGUCUCAAACAAAUUUAUGAAAAAAAAAAAAUGAAAAUACUUGCUUCAUGUAAUUAAAAAAUCAAAAAUCUUGUAGUGUUUUGUUUGCUGAACUACGUCUGUGCUGGGGAAGGGAAACUUCUGGACACAACCUGUCCCUCUGUCUGUCAGUCUGUCUGUAAUUGUCGACAAAACUUUUCAACGUCUUACCUUUUUCAUUGAUAAAAUAAAAAAAAACUCAGAGUAAAAAUGAUGCAUUGUAAAUAUGAUUUAAGAUGCAUUGCAUGCUUGUCGGGGAGAUUCGGCCCUACGUUGAAGCAUGCUUUCCCUUUCUCUCGUCUUUUCCUCAGCCCUAGUUUGCUCAAAGCCAUGUUUACAAGAACGGUGAAAGCAGGUGACGUUCUGCUUUGCGAUUCACUGACAUGCCAGCUUAUAUGCCAUAUUUGUACAAACUUAUUUUUAACUACAAAAUCAAACGUUAGAACAUAUCAUUUUUGUUAGAGGGUAAGCACUUAGUAUGGCUUAUUCUUUUGUGCAUGACGCCUUAACAUGUGUAAAAAGAACACGAAAGAGAAAUCUUUGAUUAAAAAAAUAAAUAAAUAAAA